UAUUAUUUCUCUGAUGGUAUCGAGAGCCACUUCUAAAAAUCCCUGAUUUUUUUUUCCUGCUGCGAUAUGUCUUCCGCGCCUCAACCGUCCACCGCAGCCUCUUCUACGCAGCCUCAGUCCUCCGCAGCUGCUCAAUGACGUCGCCGGGUGUUUCUCCUGCUGAUUCCGCCGCACAGCAACUUCCGAUUUCCUCACAGUCGCACACUGCCUUCUCUCAGCCGUGGAUGCCGCCGCCUCCUACGACGGAUUUCAGCGCCUGGAACCCUCCUGUCUUUACCUGGACUCCGACAUCUCCUGCUGUCCGUCCACCAGUGCAGCCCGCCGUCUCCUUUGGCAGAAGCCCCUCUCCGUCUACUGCGUCUAUUUCUGAGUUUGCUGGCCCAACGUUUGCUAGGGCUCCAGGAAUUACACCACUGCGUUCUCCUGGUCCCAUAGCUCCACGGACUCCUGCUGCCCAUACAGGUUCAAUCCUGUCUGAUUUAGUUAAGAACAUUGGUUUUUCUGCCCUUAAUAUUACUAAUAUUGUGACAACCAAACUGGCUGCGGUAGAGGACCAUUUGCCUUGGCGUACUCAAUUUGAGUCUUUCUUAGUCUCCAAUGGUUUUUGGGAAUUUUAGAUGGUUCAAUUCCUGCUCCUACUCCCUAUAUUUUUGAUGCUUUUCAUCUUGAGACAAUCAAUCCUGACUAUUGUAAUUGGCUAAAACUUGAUCAAACGGUGCGCUCUUGGCUAUUUGCUACAUUGUCUCGUGAUGUCUUAAUUGAGGUGCAUGAAUUAAAGAAUGCUUCCGCUAUCUGGAGUAGGUUAGAGUCUCAUUUUAUGUCUGCUAGUCUUGCCCGCUCCAUGGAAUUGAAACGACAACUCACCCACUCUAGGAAGGCUCCUAAUCAAUCUAUGGAACAUUAUCUUAGAGACAUUAAAAUUAUUGAUGAUAACUUAGCUGCAAUUAAUGCCCCUAUUUCUCCUCGUGAACUGUUUCAAACUAUUUUACUUGGUUUGGGCCGUGACUAUGAAUCUCUUAUUACACCGGUUGGGUUGUUUCCGGAGAGUUUCACUUUUGAAAAACUACGCACCAGUUUGGUUGAAAAGGAGCAAACCAUUCAGUACAUGCGUGCUUUAGAAGACCCUCCUCAAGCCCAAGCUUUUGCCGGUCAAACUCAGGCUGCGGGGCAGCCACCUCCACAUGGCCAGCAGCAGCGCGGGAGAGGAUAUCGCGGCAGGGGUGGCCGCGGACAGCGGGGCGGAGGGGGCCGUGGACAGCGUGGUCGUGGCUAUGGACCACCUCAACCUGGUUAUGGUUAUCCUCCACAGAUGGGCUACAGUUACCCCCCGCCAGGAUAUGUUACAGGGGGUGCACCUCAUACGGGUAUUCUUGGGGCUCCGGGCUCGGCAGGCUCUUCAUCUGUUGAAGGGAACUCUGUUCCUCCUCCUGUAGUUUGUCAGAUUUGUUAUGCUCCAGGUCAUCCCGCCUCCACUUGUCCGUCCCGUUUUGUUCAGCCGGUUGCACCUGCUCUUGCUGCUCAGACUCUUGAAGCUUCUGACAUUGUGUGGUAUCCUGACUCAGGUGCCUCUGCCCAUAUGACUCCUCAUCCAGGAAAUCCACACAUUGUUGUCCAAAUUAAGAUACAUUAAUAUAUCAACACUAACUACUACAGAAUCUACCUAUGUAGAAUUCUUAGAAAGGGUUUAUACAACUGAGCUAUUGUUGAGGAACAUUGGGUUGUGGGAAGGAGGAGACGUGGCACACUUAUGGCUCGAACUUUUCGUGCCUCAAAGCAAAAUACAGACUUAUGCUUCGCAAGUUUUUUGCAAUAUCCUCUCAGAUACAAACGCAGGACCUGUUCUUAUCUACCCCUUCAACAAAUCAAAGUUUGACAACAAAACAUCACUCGUUUUUCCCGACAAGGAUAUUUUUUAUUUGACAUCAUUUCUUCCACGCACAAACCUCUCAUCCAAUGGGACAGAUGGGUUGGAAAAGGGGAGGAAUGAAAGACAUAAAAUCUUAGAUUUCUGUGAGUCAGCGAAGAUUGGAGUGUAUCAAUACUUUCCUUUCUAUGAGACACAAGAAGAGUACAAGGAGAAACACUAUGGGCCAGAACGGUGAAAGGUGCUUUCAGAGAGGAAAUCAAAGUAUGACACUUCAUGUACUCUAGCGCUCGGCCACAACAUUUUUAAUUUCACCAACUGUCCGGGUCUGACCACCGACUUGCCUUAACUUUUAAGGGCCAGGAUUCGUCAAACCAAUAAGAAACAAUAAUAUGUACGUGGAGCUAAGGUACAUAUGAAUGACGGAUUGCCAGUGGCUUGAACAUGUAAGCGGUGCCAGUUUACGUACCGGCGGCGAGCGCAUAUAGAGAUAUACAGAGACGAUAUUAUACACAAAAAGGCUUUGAUUUUACCUACAUGCUACCAACUCUAUCGUAUGCUAGAUACAUGUACAAUAUAUACAUACAUGGAAUCAAAUAAAAAUAUUUAUUUAUAUAUGAAGUAGUAUAUAUGUACAUUUGAGGAUUCGGGGACCCGGCCUCAUUUUGUGUAACAAUUCUUCUACAUACAAAGGGAUGGAUAUAUAGUUAUCCCGAGUCAGACGCCAC